AUGUCCACCUACACCUUUCCAAAAAACGUCUUCUUAAGCCAUGAUUUACGCCACAAUCCUGAUCUAUUCGAUGCGAUAAUUACUUCUGUGGUCGUUUCUGGCACACCUACGAACGACGGAAAAACCUUCCAUUUCUGCCUCUCUCUCGUUACCAGUAAUGAAUCCUCUGCCAUUCGAUUCGACCCCACCCCGUCGUAUACGGAUCCUGUUCACCCAAUGCGCACAAACCUCGUUUUAGAGUGGAAGAAGGUGUCCAUUGAUUCCAACACAAGAGACACCGACUUGUUCAAGGUCCCUGUUCUUCGCAAUGAUACGGCUGGGGUUCUUUGCAUGCAACUGUUCAAUGACUUCAAAGUCAAUCAAUAUGAUUUUGAUGACCAAGGAAGGGGCUGCCGUCACUGGUGUGCAGCCAUCUUUGAUAUCCUUGCAAGCCUGGGAAUUACCGAAGACGUGUCGUUGGAUUUUGAGAAUUGGGAGAACAAACAGUAUGAGAAAUUUGGUGAUAUGUUCCAUAUGCCGCGUAGUUGUGGUACCUUCUACACUGUCUGACUCGGAAUUCACGACAAGGGGUCAAACGCCGCAACAGGAACAUCUACUCAGUGUAGAACCAUCAGAGCAAUCACCAUGGCUGCAUGAGGUUUUUAAAUGUACAUAUAUCUUCCAAGCCAUGAAAUUGAUUACCUUUCC